AUGGCGGCGGGCGGCGGCGGCGGGGUCCGCUCGGUCCCCUCGGUGCUGCUGCUGCCGCCGCCGCUGCUGCUGCUGCUGCUGGCGCUGCCCGGCGCCGCCGCUGCCGCCGCCGUGUCCCGGACGGCGCCUCCGGACGGGUCCAACGUGGUGCUGGGGAUGCGGCUGGAGGAGAGCACGAAGCCGGUGCCGGCGGCUCCGUCCCGCGGGCCCAUCCGUGUGACGGAGGGCAGCGAGCUGGUGCUGCGCUUCUACGGGCAGGGCCUGGGCCCGGGCACCGGGGAACGGGUGGCGUUCGCCGAGCUCCGCCCGGCCGAGAACGGUUCUGCCCCGAACGGCUCCUGUUCCUAUCGCACCCAGGACGUGGUGGUGCAGCCGGGCCCCGCGGAGCUCUUCGACACCUCGGCCCUGCUGCGGGUCCGGGUCCGCGCCCUGCGGAAGGGCGAGAAGGUAAAGACGUACGUGUUGUGCACGCAGCGCCGGGCCGGCCAGGCCUGGCUGCCCCAUCCCGACCCCGACGCCUGGCUCAUGGUGCUGGAGGAGAAGAAGUCGCUGUUGCCGCUGUGGCUGCAGGUGAUCCUCAUCGUGGGGCUCCUGGUGCUGUCGGGCAUCUUCAGCGGGCUCAACCUGGGUCUCAUGGCGCUGGACCCCAUGGAGCUGCGCAUCGUGCAGAACUGCGGCACCGACACCGAGAAGCGUUACGCCCGCAGGAUCGAGCCCAUCCGCCGCAAAGGGAACUACCUGCUGUGCUCCCUGCUGCUGGGCAACGUGCUGGUCAACACCACCCUCACCAUCUUCCUCGAUGACCUCAUCGGUUCCGGCAUCGGCGCCGUCGUCGCUUCCACCAUCGGCAUCGUCAUCUUCGGGGAGAUCGUGCCCCAAGCGCUCUGCUCCCGCCACGGCUUGGCCGUGGGCGCCAACACCAUCGUGGUGACCAAGUUCUUCAUGCUGGCGACGUUCCCCCUCUCCUACCCCAUCAGCAAGCUCCUCGACUGCAUCCUGGGCCAGGAGAUCGGCACCGUUUACAACCGGGAGAAGCUGGUGGAGAUGCUGAAGGUGACGGAGCCCUACAACGACUUGGUGAGGGAAGAGCUCAACAUGAUCCAGGGAGCCCUGGAGCUCCGCACCAAGACGGUGGAGGACGUGAUGACCCCGCUGCAGAACUGCUUCAUGAUCAACAGCGACGCCAUCCUGGACUUCAACACCAUGUCGGAGAUCAUGGAGAGCGGCUACACCCGCAUCCCCGUCUAUGAGGAGGAGCGCUCCAACAUCAUGGACAUCCUCUACGUCAAGGACCUGGCUUUCGUUGACCCUGACGACUGCACCCCCCUCAAGACCAUCACCAAGUUCUACAACCACCCUGUCCACGUUGUCUUCCACGACACCAAGCUGGAUGCCAUGCUGGAGGAGUUCAAAAAGGGGAAGUCCCACCUGGCCAUCGUGCAGAAGGUGAACAACGAGGGCGAAGGGGACCCCUUCUACGAGGUGCUGGGGCUGGUGACGCUGGAGGAUGUCAUCGAGGAGAUCAUCAAGUCGGAGAUCCUGGACGAGUCGGACACGUACACUGACAACCGCAGCAGGAAGCUUGUGAACAACCACAAGGGCAAACGGGACUUCUCGGCCUUCAAGGACCCCGUUGGGGAGCAGAAGGUGAAGGUCUCCCCGCAGCUGCUCUUGGCCGCCCACCGCUUCCUCUCCACAGAGGUGACGCUCUUCACCCCCACCUACAUCUCGGAGAAGAUCCUCCUGCGCCUCCUCAAGUACUCCCACGUCAUCCAGGAGCUGAAGUUCGAUGAGGGCAACAAGAAGGCCCCGCGCCACUUCCUCUACUGCAAGAACAAAGCAGCUGACUACUUCACCCUCAUCCUGCAGGGCAAGGUGGAGGUGGAGACGGGCAAGGAGUGCAUGAAGUUUGAAGCAGGAGCGUUCUCCUACUAUGGGGUGAUGGCCAUCAGCCCCUCUCCUACUGAGAUGCGCUCCCCGUCCCACGUCAGCAGCCUCAACCACUCAGCAUCCCUCAACUACCACGAGCGCUCCGACUCCAUCUCCUCGCCCAUCAGCGGCAGCACCGGCCAGCUCAACACCAGCACCGGCGCCCAGUACGUGCCCGACUUCAGCGUCCGUGCCCUCACCGACCUCCAGUUCGUCAAGAUCAUGCGCCACGAGUACCAGAACGCCCUGACAGCCUCCCGCAUGGACAGUUGUCCCCAGUCCCCCGACAGCAACUGCCCCGGUGCAGACACGGAUGCACCGGAGAAACCCGAACCUUCCAGCACCACCGACGAGACCACGAGCCUCCUGAACAAGAGGAACUGCCUGAGCCGGCGGAGCAACCACAGCCUCUUGGAAAACUCCAUCUGACCCCGGCGCCACCGGCACGGGUUCGGUUUUAGGGGACCCUUUUCUUCCUAAGUAGGUGACACCGUGCCGGGGCGCCCGGAGAAGCCUGGUUGAACCCUUGGUGGCACCGUGGUGGUAAACGGAGCUGGGAUCUGCU